UUCCCUCCAACCAACGAAUCGACCCUGCGACCGCCCCUCGAAAUCAUGCGCUUCUCAAUCGCAUCGUCGCUGCUUCUGCUCUCGGGCGUCGCGAGCGCUGCCUCGUCCUGGGGAUUUACCGAUGGCUCCGUGACCGUCUCUUCCAAGAAGGCCGACGGCGUCACCCAGAAGUUCGCCGAACAGAAGCCUACCAAGAACGCCCUCGUUUUCGGCCACACCGACAGCAUCAAGGUCUCGUUGACCACAACCGAAGCUUCCAAGGCCAAGCGACCUCACCAGGCUUUCCUCGUCCUCACCGAAGCAACCGGCCUCGAGGCUCCCUAUCCUCUCACCAUCAAGGCGUCUGGAAAGGGAUCCGUCGAGAUUACGCACAAGGACCUCCCUAUCCAGCUGCUCCUUUCCGACACCCCUCUCAAGGCCAACCUGGUCCUGGGCUCCUUCGGUUCUUCCGACCCUCUGAUCUCCCCCGUCUUCGAGAUCGAGAUUCGCCUUGAUCCCAACGCUCCCGCACCCCAGUACGACGCUCCUGUGCGAUACGGCCCCCGAACUCAGAUCAACCACAUCUUCCGCGCCGACCCCAAGAGCCCUCCCGUCGUCAUCUCUCUCGCCUUUGUGCUGGCCAUUGCGGCUGCUGUUCCCACCCUUUUCCUGGCUUGGCUCGCUCUGGGUGCCAACGUCAACCACAUCACCAAGGCCCUCGGUGCUGCGCCGGUCUCGCACGCCGUCUUCUUUGGAUCCAUCUUUGCCAUUGAGGGAACCUUCUUCCUUUACUACAGCGCCUGGAACCUGUUCCAGACCCUGCCCGUUGUCGCUCUUCUCGGCGCCGUGUCCUUCCUGAGCGGUACCAAGGCUCUGAGCGAGGUUCAGAGCCGACGACUUGCCGGCGAGAGGUGA